CCCAGGCGGUGUCGGAAGCCUCGGCCCGCGGAGACGCAGGCACCCGCAGAGAACGCUUCGGAUCCGUCACGGUUUUGCCUCAUUUGGAAGAUAUUACUUCGCCCCUGAAAAAAAAUAAAUACAAAAAAGGCGCGUGCCGUGAUGCAGCACUACGGGGUGAACGGCUACUCGCUGCACGCCAUGAACUCGCUCAGUGCCAUGUACAACCUGCACCAGCAGGCGGCCCAGCAGGCGCAGCACGCCCCAGACUACCGGCCCUCAGUGCACGCGCUCACACUGGCCGAGCGCCUGGCUGACAUCAUCUUGGAGGCCCGCUAUGGCUCCCAGCACCGCAAACAGCGCCGCAGCCGUACCGCGUUCACGGCUCAGCAGCUCGAGGCUCUGGAGAAGACCUUCCAGAAGACUCACUAUCCGGACGUGGUGAUGCGCGAGAGGCUGGCCAUGUGCACCAACCUGCCGGAGGCCCGCGUGCAGGUGUGGUUCAAGAACCGCAGGGCCAAGUUCCGGAAGAAGCAGCGCAGCCUGCAGAAGGAGCAGCUGCAGAAGCAGAAGGAGGCUGAGGGCACCCCUGCCGGAGGCAAGCGCGAGGCCCCCACCCCUGACUCCCAGCUGGAGACAGAGCAGCCCCCUCGCCUGCCCAGCGGCGAGCCCCCUGCUGAGCUUCACCUGAGCCUUUCUGAGCAGUCGGCCAGUGAGUCAGCCCCCGAAGACCAGCCAGAGCGGGAGGAGGACCUCCGGGCCGGGGCCGAGGACCCCCAAACUCAGCAGAGUCCUGGGGCUGAGAGCAAGGUGCUGGGCUGCAAGAGAGGCAGCCCUAAGGCAGAUUCCCCGGGCAGCCUGGCCCUGGCUCCUGCAGCCCCCGGGGGCGGCCUCCUGGGCCCCUCGCACUCCUACUCCUCCUCCCCGCUGAGCCUCUUCCGGCUGCAGGAGCAGUUCCGCCAGCACAUGGCAGCCACCAACAACCUGGUACACUACUCGUCCUUCGAAGUGGGGGGUCCGGCUCCCGCCGCUGCCGCCGUGCCCUAUCUGGGCGUCAACAUGGCCCCUCUGGGCUCCCUGCACUGCCAGUCCUACUACCAGUCCCUGUCCGCGGCCGCUGCUGCCCACCAGGGCGUGUGGGGGUCCCCUCUGCUGCCGGCACCCCCAGCCGGCCUGGCACCUGCCCCGGCGGCCCUGAACAGUAAAACGACGAGCAUCGAGAACCUGCGACUUCGUGCCAAGCAGCACGCGGCCUCGCUGGGACUCGACACGCUGCCCAACUGA